CGGGCCGGGGGUGGGCGGGCGCGCGCGGGACCGGGCGCGCGCGUGUGCAUGUCCGGUGACACCACUUCUCCGCUGCUGCUGCUGCUGCCGCUGCCGCUCAGGCGCCUUUUCUGCUUUGCCGCCUUUCUGCAAAGCAGGUCACCCCCAGCGCCUCCUCCUGGGAACCGGAGCGCGCUGCUGCCGCUGCUGAUCCUCCGCUUUAGCUGCUGCUGCUGCUAAGCCCGCUCUCUCUCUCUCAUUUCCCCUCCGGCAAACCGGAGGGAGAGGCGGCUUGGCAAGCUCCACGUCGGGGCGCGAAGAAGCCCUCGGAGGCGACCGGCGCCCAAGCGCUCCCCAAAAACGAAACACCAAACCAAAAGGAAAACACCCGCCACCGGGAGACGAGGGAGGUGAUCCGGCCACUUCUCCUCCGUGGAUGGAGGAGAGACGAGGGAUGCGACUGAGCCGUCUUUGUUGCCUCUUUUAUCAGCUGUGCUUCCUGUCAAAUGGGAUCGCUGCAGGUCUGCAACCUUUGGGAGACUCUGAGGAGUGGGAGAUUGUCUAUCCAGCACUAUGGAGCAGAGGCCAGCAGGAACCCAAUGGAGGCAGCGGCGCAGGAGGCAGCUGCAGCACUGAUGGAAACUGUGGGAACAGUAGCAGCAAUCUUAGCGCUACCUCUGCAUCCACUCAGGUGGUGGGCAGCUCUCGCGAAGUCCGCUCAGUUUCUUCCUCAUCUGACAGGCAGCUGCAGCCGGUUGGGGAGACCUCUGAGGACGAGGUCUCCGAGGACGAAUAUGAGUCUCAGGAGUUCUAUCACUGGUCUCCUCUUCCUCAGGGAUCGAACACUACUUCUCAGCUGCCCCUCCCUCCCUCGCCUUCUCCAGAGGACGGGGACGAGGUGCUGCUGAGAAUACCAGCUUUUGCUCAGGAGCUCUACCUGCUGCUGAAGAGGGACAGCCGCUUCCUGGCCCCAGGCUUUGCAGUGGAAGAACGACUGAUGAGCGAGAGGAGGAGUCUCCCGAACUCUGCCCAGACCCAGACAGAGAGAUCGUGUUACUACAGCGGGUCUGUGCUCCAUUACCCAGGCUCCUUUGCUUCCUUCAGCACUUGUGGUGGUUUGAUGGGUUUUUUGCAGCUGAAUGACGACUUCAUAUUUAUUGAACCACUCAAUCACACUUUGGCUGUGACAGGUCAUGCACAUCGUGUCUACAGGCGUAAAAGGUCCAUACCUGAGAAAGCCACUGCAAAGCCUGCUUCUCAUAGUCAGUACUGUGGUGUUAUUACUGAGAAAAGACUACCCAAGAGCCAAAAAGGAACAGAAAGCGGACGAGGAAAAAGAUAUUCCUAUAAAUUACCUCAAGAAUAUAAUGUGGAGACUGUCGUUGUUGCAGAUCCGGCUAUGAUUUCCUAUCACGGGGCUGAUGCAGCUAGACGAUUUAUCCUAACGAUUCUAAAUAUGGUGUUCAAUCUUUUCCAACACAAGAGCCUUGGAAUUCGAGUGAACCUUCGAGUGACUAAGCUUGUUUUGCUUCAUGAGACUCCAGCUGACAUGUAUAUUGGACAUCAUGGUGAAAAAAUGCUGGAGAGUUUCUGCAAAUGGCAACAUGAAGAAUUUGGUAAGAAAAAUGACAUCCAUUUAGAGAUGUCAACAAGCUGGGGUGAAGAUGUGUCACCAGUAGACGCAGCCAUUUUAAUCACAAGGAAGGAUUUCUGUGUACAUAAAGAUGAACCGUGUGAUACUGUUGGUAUAGCGUAUCUGAAUGGGAUGUGCAGCGAAAAGCGGAAAUGUAUUAUUGCAGAGGAUAAUGGCUUGAAUCUCGCAUUUACUAUUGCCCAUGAAAUGGGUCACAACAUGGGAAUAAAUCAUGACAAUGACCACCCAUCUUGUGCAGAUGGUCUCCAUAUCAUGUCUGGAGAAUGGAUCAAAGGGCAGAAUCUUGGAGACGUUUCGUGGUCCCGAUGCAGCAGGGAAGAUCUGGAAAGAUUUCUCAGGUCAAAGGCCAGUAACUGUUUGCUACAGACAAACCCCCAGAGCCUUAACUCUGUGAUUAUUCCUUCAAAACUGCCAGGGAUGACAUACAAUGCAGAUGAACAGUGUCAAAUUCUCUUUGGACCAACGGCCUCUUUCUGCCAAGAAAUGCAGCAUGUUAUUUGCACUGGAUUAUGGUGCAAGGUGGAAGGGGAGAAGGAAUGCAAAACUAAGCUGGACCCACCAAUGGAUGGAACGGAUUGUGACACUGGAAAGUGGUGCAAGGCUGGAGAAUGUACCAGUAGGACAUCAUUCGCUGGACGCAUGGAGGGCGAAUGGAGCGCAUGGACCACUUGCAGCAGAACCUGCAACACUGGAGUCAGCAGCCGACAGCGUCGAUGCUCAGGUCCAGCUCAUGAAGCGGGGGAAUGCCACGGUUCCAGAAUACAGUACAAAAUAUGUGAGAAUCCCUCUUGUCCCCCUGGAGUGCCUGCGUUCAGGGACUGGCAAUGUCAGGUCUUCAGUGUAAGGGCAUCAUAUCAGAAACAUAUCCACCAGUGGCAGGCUGUUAUUGACGAAGAAAAACCUUGUGCAUUAUUUUGCUCUCCAAAUGGAAAAGACCAGCCUAUACUAAUAACGGAGAAAGUGAUGGAUGGAACUCCAUGCGGUCAUCAGGAAAUGGAUAUAUGUGCGAAUGGCAGAUGUCAGAAGUUUGGGUGUGAUGGCAUCCUGGGAUCUUUGGCGUGGGAAGACCACUGUGGCGUCUGCAACGGAGAUGGGAAGUCAUGCAGAGUUGUUAAAGGAGAUUUUAAUCAUACUCGGGGAGCAGGUUAUGUGGAAGCAUUGGUGAUACCUGCAGGGGCAAGAAGAAUCAAGGUUGUGGAAGAAAAACCUGCUCACAGUUACUUAGCUCUUCGAGAUGCCGGUAAACAGUCUAUUAAUAGUGACUGGAAGAUAGAACAUUCUGGAACAUUCAACAUUGCUGGUACCACGGUUCAUUACGUUAGGAGAGGUCUGUGGGAAAAAAUCUCGGCCAAAGGUCCAACCACAUCACCUUUGCAUUUAUUGGUUCUGCUCUUUCAAGAUCAGAAUUAUGGGCUACACUAUGAAUACACCAUUCCUUUGGACCCUCUGCCUGAGAAUCAGAGCGCCAAAGGGUCGGAGCCUCUUUUUAUGUGGACACACUCGGGCUGGGAGGACUGCGAUGCCGUAUGCGGAGGAGGAGAAAGAAAGACAACAGUAUCCUGCACAAAGAUCAUGAAUAAGAAUAUCAGUUUUGUGGACAGCAAGAAAUGCAAAUACUUAACGAAACCUGAGCCUCAGCUCCGAAGGUGCAAUGAGCAGCCAUGCCAGACAAGAUGGAUGAUGACAGAGUGGACUCCAUGCUCAAGGACGUGUGGGAAGGGGACGCAGAACAGACAAGUCGCCUGCACUCAGCAGCUCCGAAAUGGGACUUUGAUCAGAGCCCGCGAGAGAGACUGUCUUGGCCCCAAACCUCCUUCGGCGCAGCGCUGUGAAGGCCAGGACUGCAUGACGGUGUGGGAGGCUGGCGUAUGGUCCGAGUGCUCUGUAAAAUGUGGAAAGGGAGUACGCCAUCGGACCGUAAGGUGCACCAACCCUCGGAAGAAGUGUGUCUUGUCUACGAGGCCUAGAGAAGCAGAAGACUGUGAAGACUAUUCCAAAUGCUACGUCUGGAGAAUGGGAGACUGGUCCAAGUGCUCCAUUACCUGUGGCAAAGGAAUGCAGUCCCGAGUCAUCCAGUGCAUGCACAAGAUCACGGGAAGACACGGCAACGAGUGUUUCUCCUCUGAAAAGCCUGCAGCAUAUAGACCCUGCCACCUGCAGCCCUGCAACGAAAAAAUUAAUGUGAACACAAUUACAUCUCCUAGGUUAGCUGCCUUAACGUUCAAGUGCCUUGGAGACCAGUGGCCUGUAUACUGCAGAGUGAUACGAGAGAAGAACCUCUGCCAAGACAUGAGGUGGUACCAGCGUUGCUGUGAGACGUGCAGAGACUUUUAUGCUCAGAAAAUUCAGCAAAGGAGUUGACCUCUGGCAGGCAGACUGGCUGGGUAGCUCUCAGCUCUUCACAGCCACACUAUUUAUAAACACACACAAGAGCACGCUUUUUCAGACCAAAUAUUAUCAGAUUACAUAUAAUUUAAUCAAAUUAAUUUAUUUUUGCCUGCCAAUACAUUUUUAUUUUUUAUUUUGGUUAAACAGCUUUUUUUUUGUUUUGUUUUAUGCUCAGAGUUUCCAUAAUUAAUUUUAUAUGAAUUAUUUUGGAUACAUUUAUCAGAUUUUUUUUAAAAUUACUAUUUUAAAUGGUUAUAUUCAGUAGGCCAAUAUGUCUUUUUUUCCCCACCCCCAACCUCCAAAAGACAAAUAAUGAGCACAAUACAGUGCAUUGUUUAGUGUGCUAGUCCUUCUCACUUGCAGUUAAUGGGACUUAAACACACUUAACUCUCCACAACAUUGUGCAAAGUAAUAAGUCAUCAUAUUACCCUGAUUUUUUUUAUUUGUUUUUAGGUUAAUAGUUUUGCUGUGUAUGGAAAUGAGAUCCGCUUUAUUUUAUUGUAAUUUUUUUUAUGCUUUGUGUCAGAUUGACUUCAGAAAUUUUUGCAACAGGUUCUGGGGUGAGUUGAUCUAACAGCAUUGAACAGGUUAUAUUACAGAAUGUAUUGGAAAAAUCAAUUCUUGUUUUAUUAAGGGCUGAAUCAGACUUUCAGAAUUGUCCCAAUAUUUAUCUACAUGUGAGAUUGGACCCAGAACAUCUAUGGACACAGCCAUAGCUUCCCAGUAUUAAUUUUCAUAAUCACAGCAGCCCAUUUUCAACCAACUUAAUCGUAAGAAUCAAUUCCACAAAGUUGUAGGCAGAUUCCUUUAAGCGGGCAUGGGAAAUCUACGGUCCCCCAGAUAUAGCAGAACUAUAGCUCCUAUUAUCCCUGAAUUUUGUGGUGCUAACCUGGGGCUGAUGGAGUCUUACAACACCUGGCGGGUCGUGAAUUCUUGAUUCCUACCACAGAUCACUAGCGGCCCAGCGUGACACCUCAUGUUUCUCCAUGCCCUUAAAAACAUACUGUAAGAAAUGAUCUACUGUAACUUAGAAACUUUUAUAAACAAAAAUAGACAAAAUGACAAAGUAGGGAUUUUAAUCAUGUGUAUGAACAUAUACUUGAACACAAGUAUUGAAUCAAUUAAACACUGUAAAGAUUAACACUGAAUCUCGGUUGCACUGUUUGAUGUAGUGUAGAGAAACAUCGUUCUAGAGUUUGUAACAUCCUAUGAAAGAAAUCUGUACUGUUUUUAAACUUGUCAUUUGAUCUCAAGGGUUUUCAGUGAAAGAUCCACGCCUAGCUCUUGGUGCUCAUGUGGUUUGCACAUGGAGAGAAACCUAAUGUUUAACAUGAAUUGGGCUAAAUUUUCAGGUUGUUUUUUUUUAAAAAAAAAGUUUUAGAAGAGAAUUUUGUGAUAAGCUUCUUUGUUGUUGUUUUUUAAAAAAGAUUUUUUAUAAAGAUAGUUUUGCAAUUUUGUGAAACGUGAACAAGACAACUUACAUUUUCCUUAUGAGAAAAUUUUGUAUGUGAGUCACGUGAUUUUUACAUCUUCAAUAAAUAUAUAUGUAUAUAAACUCCA